AUGCACAUGAGAUGGCUGUUGCAACAGACCCGAUCCGCGUCGGUCUGCUACAGUGGCACCGGAGCUGGCGUUCCACCUUUGGGUGCUGGGCCGCUUUCGCUUCCUUUGGGCACGCGCCCUGGCUUGCUGCGCUUGGCUUUCGAGGACUCCGCUUGCAUUGUGGCCACGCUCUUCAUUGAGUUUGUGUCGGGCAUUUUGCUUCCGUGUCCUGACAUCGAUCUCCGUGGACGAGGCAUCAUGUCGGACGAGAAGGAUGGGAAUGGCGGCGCAUGGGCUCGCGUCCCAACAUGGGACGGAUCGCCUCAGACAUGGCGAGGAUUCAAGCGGGAGAUGGAUUGGUGGUGCUCGGCCUUAGAUUUGGCCUCUACGACCAAGUACAACUUGGCAGCUCGAUGGUUGCUACGGCAAUCGGGGGUGGUACGUCAAAGAGGAGAAGAAUUUACACCCCAGCAGCUUGAGCACCAACCAGCGGUUACAGCUGAAGACCCCGAGACGAAGGAGCAGGUGGUGAUCACUGCGGCCAAUCCCCUGGCCGGCAUUCAGAAGCUCAUGAAGGCUCUCGAGGAGAUCAAUGGCAAGACCACCUUGGAUAAGAGAGGAGAGCUGAGAAACCAGUUCUACUUGGAGCUUCGCCGACGACCAGGAGAGCGCAUAGCAGAGUUCAGCACGCGCUUCCGGACACUCGUGUCCGAUCUCCGCACCGAAGGUGUGCAGCUGCCUUCUGGAGAGCUUGGGUGGUUCUACAAGUCCAAGCUUGGAUUGGACGCCUUGCGGACUCAGCUCCUCGAGACGGCUUUGAAUGGAGUUGAGGAUUACGAGAGCAUUGAACGAGAGGUGCUGCGCUUGUUCAAAGACCUUUAUGCUCAAGAUCCUCUCAGCCGCAAGCCCUUCGGAGGAGGAGAAAGUGGACCCCCGUUGUUGAAGCGCUUUUUGAACCAGCAUCAACAAGGACAAGGAAGUCCGAGCCGAGCUUCAUCCUACGCCCCCUCGAUGACAAGCUCUGCACCUAGAUCCAUGCGAUCCUCUUCAUCGACCACGACCUCAAGAGCCAGCACGUACAGGUUCCAGAAACCUUUUGGUGGCCUCCCCAAGCAGGCUAUGGUUUCCGAAGCUGAGGUAGAGGUCGACCCUGAGGAAGAAGAUGAGCUUGUGGCCGACGGUGGAGAUCCACCUCAGGCGACUUUGGAUGAGGUGCUUCAGAUGGAGGCUGAAGGCUUGGCGCAGGACCUUGAGGAAGCAGCCGAAUGUGGCCUUGACAGCGACACUUUGCAGCAGAUUGAGGAGUCAGUUGAAACUGCUGCAGAAGCUCUUCUCACGAUGCGUGAGGCCAAGGUCAAGCUCCAAGAAGUGAAGAAGGAUCGUGGCUAUGGCCGUGCCUCGCCUGCUGACCAAAAGGGCAAGAUGAACCCCAAGAAGCAGUCUUCGAAGCAUCUUUGCUUCGAUUGCAACUUGCCAGGCCACUGGGCCGGUGAUCCUGAGUGCACAAAGCCUGGACAAGGCCUUGGUCGAAAGAACAAGCCGGUCAAGCAAGUGAAGGUCACGGAGGCCUUGAACACCGAAGUGUCUCCGCCUGUGAUGGAGGAUGGAGGCCAUGAAGUUUUGGCAGUUGGAGCCUUCCCCAUGACGAAUGAGUUCGUGGCAGCUUUUGAACAGUCUCACCUCCAUCCACAAGAGGUGAAUGUUGCUGGCAAGCUCUCUGCCGACAAAAUGCUUGUUGGAGCCCUUGAUUCAGCUUGCAACCGCACGUGCACUGGGACGGAGUGGCUCAACAACUACCUCCGUUGCCUGAGAGAUGCCCCCGAAGAAGUUCGUGGUUUGGUCAAAUCCCACAAGGAGUAUGAGACCUUCAAGUUUGGCAACGGUGGAACCCAAGUCAGUGUUGCACGGUGGCGGCUCCCCAUGCAGUUAGAUGGCUCCAUCAUUUGUUUUUGGACUUCAUUGGUGCCGGUUCCUUCACUGGGGUUGCUUUUAGGUCGUGAUUUUCUAGAAGCAAUUGGAGCUGACAUGCAUUUUGCCCAUCGCACCCUUCGAUGUGAACACCUCACGGGCAAGCCGAUUUCCUUGAAGCAGCUGGCUGCAGGUCAUUUCCUCCUGCCAUUGGUGCCAGCAGCCUGGUCAGGUGUGGGGCCACAGCGUUGGAAGCGUUUGGGAGUUGAUGGUAUUUUGGAACUGCAGUUGAGUCCUGUUCAAUGGCUUCGAAAGAAACUGUCUUUUGGUUCAUCUUUGAAGAGCAGUUCACAUGACCACCUUCUGACAGAGCAGAGCGUUCGUGUGGGCCAUUUGGUUUGCGCUGUUCUUCACUCACCUGAUGUUUUUGGCUCAUCGGUUCAAGCUCAAGGCAACCUCUUGGGAGGCGAGAGCGCCAACAUGGACGUGAAGGUCGGAAGAUGGAAGCGGAUGUUCCUCCGCGUGGGAGAAAGGUUUCGCUGGGCAGCAAAAGGAUUGCUCCUUUGGCUUUUGCAAAGGCCCUACUUGCGAUAUCUGCCAUUGCCCUAUCCCUCAACUACCACGACAGCAGCUUGGUUGGCUCAGGUGCGCAAGCAGGUUUCAGAUGGAACCAUCCCUCCAAGGUAUCUCAAGAACUGCCUGGAGAAGAACCUGUUCACCAUGGGCAACUUGGCAGAAUGUCGGCACCUUCGCAACCGGGUGGGGCUCAGGACAUCGUUCAUCGAAGAUCCCGUCCUGGCAGGAAUGAUGGCAGCGCAGACGACAAAGGGCAUAACAGCCAAACUGAGGAGUGCUGCUCAGAAGGAAGCCAAGGAGCUGGCAAAGAAAGCAGAAGCCAACGGAAGUCGAGAACAAGAGGCUCGGGCACUCAUUGGCCCUCGAGGAGGUCUUCCUACCCUUCGAGCCGAUCUGGUAAAGUUGGCUGCUUUGCUUCAUGUGGACCUGGGCGAGAAAGACUCCGUGGCUCAGAUCAAAGAAAAGGUGAAGCCUAUGAUCGAGAUCCUCAAGAACAAGAAGCCAGCGGUAAGCCCAGCAAAGGCCAACACGGCCGAGGAGAUUUCAGCGAGCUCUUCUUCACCGCCCGCCAGGCUGCUCAACGACAACCCCAAGAACCUGGCAGUUCAGCAGCAAGAGAUGAGGGCUAUGAUGGAGCAGAUGUCUCGCGAGCUGGCAUUGCUGCGCUCACAAGUGACUCCGGAGAUGGAGGUGGAUCUCAGCUCAGAGCCAAGUCUGAUUCCAGACUCGCCACAGGAUGCCUCACCCGUGAACUUCACCGAGGCCGAGAUUCGGGAAUUGAAUGGUCAGGCCUACGAGGAGCUGUACGGAGCCAAUUUGACAGCUCAGUUCGGGGACGACAUUCCGGCCGAAGUGAUGCAGGAGAUCCGUCUGGGUCUCAGGGAUGGAGCAGGGAUGCAGAUGAAAGAGUUGCUGGUGGCUGACCAUGAACAGGAGAUGUUGGACUUCAUGACCGAAGAGACCUUCUUCCAACCGUUUGAAUUGUGUCUUCCGGAUGACAAGGUUCUUGCCGGUUUUGAGGCCCUUCAGAAUGAGAGCCAGCCCAAGAAUGUCUUGAUUUCCAAGAAUGUCAAGCCCCCUGACAAGGAGCGGUCCCUUGUGUCUGAGGUCUACACCACUUCGCAGAAUGUCAUGCGAGAGGCUGAACGAAGAGGCCACAAGGUGGGUCCGGCUAUGUCGUUGGACAAUGGAUGGAACUUCCUUUUGGCUGAGCACCGAAGCCGGGCAAUGAAGGUUUUGGAGGAGGAGAAGCCUUACUGCGUGGUGCUUGCUUUUCCAUGUGGGCCUUUCAGUCCACUACAGUACCUCAACACUCGAGGAUUGACUUCCUUGGAUCAACGUCAAGCUGAUGGUUUGGUCCUGAUGGAGUUUGCGAUUGAAGUCGCAAAGCUGCAGAUGAAAGGCUCCAAGAUUACAGCUCAUGCGGGCAUCUACCCGAAGCCGCUGGCACGCGCCUUGGUGAAGGGGAUCAUGGAGCAGUUCGAUUUGGACUUCCGGCCUAAGGAGGCCCUGGCAGCUCAGACGGGAGAAGCGGAGGAGGACUUUGGUGAUGGCCUACUUGCGUUGGGCGCUGAAGAGAUUUCUGAUGAAGAAGUUGGCGAUUCCCCUCAGACUGACCUCAAGAUCAGUCCUUCCUUGAAGAAUGCCAUCAAGCGCCUACAUGAGAAUACUGGCCACAGGAGCAAUCGUCGCUUGGCGCGAGCUCUUGCAGUUGCAGGUGCUCCUGUGGAAGCUAUAGCUGCUGCCAAAGCUCACAAGUGCUCUCUUUGCCAAGAACGUGCACCUCCGAAAGUCAGGAGACCAGCAUCACUGCCGACUCCAAAGGACAUUUCAGAUCAGGUUCACGUAGACCUGCUGGAGAUAGAAGAUGCUGCAGAAACACGUUUCUAUGUUGCCCAUGCCACGGACUUUGCAACACGUUUUCAGGUUGCUGAGGUUUUGCCGGACAAGUCCUCCAAGUCAGUGAUUCAGUUCUUGACUUCAAGAUGGCUGGCUAUGUUUGGUGCUCCCCGAGUACUGGUGGCAGAUCAGGGCAGAGAGUUCGUGAGUUGGGAAAUGGAAGAGUGGGCAAGUUCAGUUGCGAUGAUGCGACUCCACUACAGCAAGGGACUACGCCGUGCUGAGUUGGCCAGAAGUCGAAGCACCACCAUGGAGCAAGUUCCAACACCUGGCACAAUCUGCUACUUCUAUCGGCCCCUGAGGUUCAACAACAAGACCAGCCCAAGUAGAAAGAGGUUGACUUUGAAGAGAUGGCAUGGCCCUGCAUUGUUGGUGGCCACUGAAGGACACGCUUCAGCGUUCUUGAGCUACAAAGGUCAGUUGACCAAGGCAGCCAUGGAGCAUGUCAGAGUGGCAAGUGGGCUCGAGCAGAUUGCUGCUGGCAGUUGGCGAGACGCCAUUGAAGAAGUGGUUGAGGCAGCGCAGCAUGAUUUGACUUUGCGAGGUCUUCCAGCUGCUCCACCUGUUGCUCUACCAGAAGAACCAGAGGAGACAGCGAUGCCGAUGACCCCUGCACUGCAACCUCCGGUUCAACAACGUGGAGUUCCGGGAGCUGAUUUGCCUCCAGUGAGACCUGAAGAGUUGGUUCAAGUGGCGCAGCAAGCAGCUCCUAUUCCCUCUAUGGUUGGAUCCUCUGCACUUCCAUCAAGGAGGAUCAGUGAUGUGACAGGCAUGGGACCUGCACCUGGCUCACCCGUGCCUGAGCUCAUUCGACGUGCUGGAACCGCUGGCAGCCUCCUGGCAAGACAGAUUGCCCAAGCCAGAGACCUGGCUGAGGAAAGUGGUGGAAUGAAGCGACCAGCUGAAGUCGAUGUGGAAGCAUUGGCUGAGCAAUCCGCCUUUGAUGGUGCUCGCUCUUCACCUUCAGCACCUUCGGGUGUCAACGAGUCGCUGGUGGUGGCUUGUGAGAAGGGUGAGGAUGAGUUGAUGAAGCAAUUUCAGCAUGGCAAGGAGCAUCCUUUGCGAGUGAUCGCAAGCCUGGCUGACAUCGAUAAGCAGCAGCCUUUGGAUGCCAAGGUCAAGGACCAUGGAAGCUGGGGAGGACGAUGGGAUUUGCCUUCUCGCUCCGAAUGGCAACUUCACCAAAAACUUGGAUGGAGCUGGCCUACUGGCUCGCAUGAUGCUGAGGCCCUCUUGGCCAGUUGGGAACGCUCUCCCAUGGACUAUGCCUGCUGGCUGCUGUGGUCUGAGGACAAAUCCACCUUGGAGGGAGUGAUCAUCUCCCAUGUGGAUGAUUUGUUGCUUGGAGGCGGACGCCGUGCACAAGCUUUGCUGCAGGACCUUGGGCAGACCCUUGGUUUUGGAAGUGUGGAGUAUGAUGACUUCACCUACUGCGGGAAGCGCAUUCGGCAGCAUGAUGAUGGUUCCAUCUCCAUCUCCAUGAUUGAGUACCACAGCAACCUACAGCCUGUCUCCAUAGCAGUGCGCAGACGUGCACAGACUUCGGCAGAGCUCAACGACAGAGCAGAAGAGGGCAUGGAUGCUGGCAUGUUCUGCCGUGGCCUGCUGGCCAUCUUCAAGGGCUUCCCAGUCCAAGAGAGGAUGCAGGAUGAGAUCCUGGAGGCUGUUCCUUUCGUGCAGAUCACUGACGCGAAAGACCUCUAUGACAAGGGGAACAGUGACACUGCCACGUAUGGAGCCCAGAAGUCCCUUGGCUUCACCAUUGGUUGGAUCCGCGCCACGUUGGCUCGGGCCUGCACUUCGUUAAAGUGGACCAGCGCAAGCAAUAUGUUUGUGGAUUGUGGGACGAAGGACAUGGAUGAGUCCUACCUACACCGCAUCCUAGCUUCUGGUCGAUGGUGCUACACGUUCAACCAAGCUUACGUGAAGCAAGGAAAGCCUAGCAGGAAGCAAAUUGCUUUGAGCUCCUCCUCUGCAGCCUUGGACGGAGAGCCGCUGAAUGAGGCUUUGCCAGUUUUCGCCUUCCUCCAACAGCUUUCUGAGAGCCCCGGUUGGCACCACAAGGGUGACAUCGUGACCCAUGAGAAGCCAUUGGUACAUCGAUUGGUCAACAGCAAUGGCUUUGAGGCCUGCAGCAUGAUGUCCAUCAUUCUAUGCAUGUUUUUUCUUGGUGCGGAUGCGGCUUGUUUCAAGGAUUGUAGUGAUGCAACCAAGGUCUUCUACGACGUCAUGAACCAGUUCUUUGUGUUCAUGUUCUUGCUUGAAUGGAUUCUUCGUGUUCUGAAAGAUGGAAAAAGAUACUUUAUACCAGUGAAGGCCGAGCAUGUUCUGGACACUGGGAUUGUGUGGAUUUGUGGCAUACUUCUGGGGUGGAUCAUUCCACUCGCGGCUGCAGAUGGGCAGAAGAGUCCGAUCGCACAGUCCUUGAAUGUCUUGAGAAGCAUGCGUACCUUGCGCUUUUUUGCCUUCCUGAAGAAUUUCGAAACCUUCAAGAUGCUUCUAGCUGGCUUUCUGCGAACCCAAGCAACGUUGGCAGCCUGCGUAAUACUUCUGGCCAUGGUUGACCUGAUGUUUGGCAUCAUUGCGCUGGAACUCAUUGGCAGAUUUGAGCCAUGGGGCUUAGCCGAAAGAGGUAGUGCUGCGUGGAGCUUUCAAAACGGACUGAUUCAGUCCUGCAUGGGGAUGACACGCUUCAUCUUUUUCGACAAUGCCCUUGACAUGAUGCAGGAAUUGAUGGAAAGACAACCUUACAUUUGGAUAUUUUGUUUCUUGCACAUGGCGAUUUCUGCGUAUGUCAUUCUGAAUUUGGUCACGGCGGUGAUUUGUGAAAAGGCCCAGUCCAUGACCCAGGACAACCUGGCAGAGCGAGCGAAGGAGUUGCAGGAAGAGGAAAGAAGAACGCUUCAGGAACUCAGAAGCCUUUUCUUGAAGCUCGAUGCAGAUGGAAGUGGCCAGGUCACAAUGGAGGAGUUUGACGCAGCCUUCAAGGUCCCUGAAAUCAGGCAAAUGCACUGGCUAAGACUUUAUUGCAGAGUAAACUUGUGUGAAACUCCUCAAGUUCCUUGUAUUAUUCCUAUCAAGAGCAUACCGCAGUUCCAUGUCAAGCAGUGAGCUGGGUAAGCUAUCUGUUUCUGGCAAGUUGACAAUUAGCGCAAAAACAAUUAGCGCAAAACCUUCCCUUUGACUCCAAGGGUUUCAC